UUUAUCUGUACUAAAUUCAUUAAUACUUAUAACGAAUGGUAAAACAGAAACAUAUUUUCUAUCAGUAUCAUGCACGGUCGUAUCAUGCCUCUCGCUCUAUGAAUCUUCGAGUAAUGUCAAUGCAAAACUUCAAUGGGGAAUAUGCACGAAUAAUAUCGAGAGAGAAAGAGAGAGAGAGAGGUAUAGAAGAAAAAACAGCUUUCAUGAGAACAUAACCUCCAUCGACAACGUCAAACAUGUCUGGAAAUUUGACAGAACGUUUGAUUUUCGAAGCCGAAUGGUUCGACAAAGUUUCGUCAAUGCUAAAAAAAUUCUACCUGUAUUAUUUUCCUGCUGACAAUACGAUCGAAUUGUACGAUAUCAAAACGAAAAAGACGUUUCUGAGAAGAACCAAAUGCGAAGGAAUUGAGGCAAGAAAUCUUUACGUUGGAUCAAUGGUUACCAUUUUUUCAAGAGCCAUGAAAAUCACUGAUGUUGCAGACACCAUAACCAGAAAUAAAAUCGCAUCCCGAACACAAAAAACGUUUGCCAUGAUAAAACCAGACGCGAUGGAAAAAAUGGGUGAAAUUUUGAAAUUUAUAACGAACCACGAUUUUCACAUAAAUAACAUUGAAAUGGUAAAAUUGUCGGAAGAUGAUGUGGAAUUUUUGUAUUCGAAUCGAGCCGAUCAAGAGCUGCGGGAACUAAAAAAGCAUUUGACUUCUGCUCGUCUCUUGGUGCUGGAACUGUUGGGAGAGAACGGCACGGAGCGUUUUCGACAACUGAUUGGACCAACGGAUUCUAAAGUUGCGAGAUCAGAAGCUCCAGCCUCUCUGAGGGCUUGUUACGGAGAAGAUUCCAUUAAGAACACGGUGCAUGGAUCUGCAACCCAGGAGCAGGCCGAUCAAGAAUUAGAUUAUUUCUUCCCUGAGCCAAAGAGCAAGAGGAAAGGGCUGGAUGAUACAGCGACUCUUAAAUAUUGCACAUGCUGCGUGAUAAAACCUCACGCCGUCCAAGCCAGACUCGCUGGCCAGAUAAUCGACUCCAUUCAGAAAUCAGGAUUCCGAAUCACUGCGAUUCAGCAGUUUGUCGUUGAGCCUGUCAACGCAGAAGAAUUCCUGGAAGUUUACAAAGGCGUCUUGCCCGAGUACAGCGCCAUGGUCGCCGAACUGCAGUCUGGGCCUUGCAUAGCCAUGGAGAUCACUCAUGUCAACGAGGAACUGGAUGUUCCUACAGAAUUUCGAAAAAUCUGUGGUCCCAUGGAUCCUGAUAUCGCGCGGCAGGUCCGACCGGAAACUCUGAGGGCCAAGUACGGAAAAACGAAAGUGCAAAACGCGGUCCAUUGUUCCGAUUUACCGGAAGACGGACUUUUGGAGGUGGAAUAUUUCUUCAAAAUUCUUUCCGAGCGAUGAAAGCGCAUCGUGAUUGGAUUUCUCAUUUUUAUUGAAAGUAAACGAUCGGUUUCGAUAA